AAUUUGUCAUCAGUCAUAUAAUCCUUUUUGUUGCGUGUUUUAAGACUCGUCUUUAAUCCUCAAAUGUUGCAUACAAUAUAUUUUGCUUUCUUUUCCCUGAAGGUUGUGAUAUGCCAGGUGACUUGCUACGUUGCAGAGGACCAGCUGUUUCAGUGGACAGAAAAGGUUUUUGACUGCCUGGAGCACAGACAGCUGAAUGUGACUGUGCUGUCUGAUUGCUCUGUGGCCGAGUACAAGACAGCAGACUACCUGUGCAGUAGCUCCGCUCUCCUGCGCUCGCUCCACACCGCUGCUUUCACUGCGCAGCCUGUCUGUCAGUCACUGGAGCAACCCAACAUAGUUACUGGACUUCCAGCUGCAGUACUGAACCACUGCGAGGUCCACCGCAUCGCCACUGUUGUUUACCAGUGUUACAGCGACGUCACCGGCCCAGACUCCGUCUCCAUGGAGACCUUCAAGCCUGCACUAACGAAGCUCGGGAAGUCCAUACAGUCGGAUCCGUCUCCGAGCACCGACGUCCUCCGCAAGUUUGUCAGAAGCACCAACAUUCAGAGUAAUCUUUAUAUCUGAACAUGUCCGUGUCGCACACUGUGCAGAGCAAUUCUAUUUUCCUGUUGUAAAAUACUGUCAUUUUUUAAUAAAGAAAAGUAAAGAAA